ACUCGAGUCACCAUGCGUUUCCUCCCUCUUCUCUUAACAGCCGGCCUGGGAAGUCUCCAGCUGGCCGCUGCCCGCUGCGGUACCCGCAACCCCUCAGAGCGCGUGCACGCUCAGCACAGGUACUUCCUCGAUAUGGAAGACCGGGAGGCUGCGGCCCGCGCCAGUGUCGGCGUAACUACGCGCGAGGCCUUCGAUGUGACAAUUGACACCUUCGUGCAUGUUAUCAUCACCAACUCCACUGCCGGGAUCAAUAUGACCACCUUGCCGUCCCAGAUCGACGAGCAAAUCGACGUGCUGAAUGAGAACUACCUGGGCACUGGUUUCCAGUUCAACCUGGUCAACGUCUCGUACACUCAUAACAACGCCUGGCAGGCGAUCUCCGACGGUAGCACGACCGAGUACGAGGUCAAGAGUACCCUGCGACAGGGCGAUUACACUACGCUGAAUCUGUACUAUGGCAAAAUCGGAGACGGGAUCCUGGGUUAUGCGACCUUCCCCGACAAGGUGACUGAGCAAGAGUUCAUCAUGGAUGGCGUUGUCUGCGAUCCCCAGUCUCUCCCCGGCGGCAAGCCCCCCUACGACCGCGGCAUCACGGCCGUGCAUGAAAUCGGCCACUGGCUGAACCUCUUCCACACCUUCCAGCCUGGCAACAGCGAUUCCAUGAAUGCCGGGUGCUUCGGCCACGGCGACUACAUCCACGACACCCCUGCUGAGGCGUACGCUGCUUUCGGAUGUCCUAUCGGUCGGGAUACGUGCAAGGGCGCCGUCGAGAGCAACAACACCUACUCUAUCCCUGGAACUGACCCGAUCCACAACUUCAUGGACUACACGGAGGAUGAGUGCCUGACCCACUUUACUGAGGGACAGAUUACGCGGAUGCGCAACUCCUGGAAGGAGGAGCGAGUUGGCUACACCUCUGAUUCUCCCUCUGCGGAGCGGAGGGGGCUCAACCUGGGCGUGGCUGUUGAUGCCGACCUGAAGGGCAAGAUUGCGAAGCCCGGGUCCGGGUGGUAAAUUAAUCGGUCGUGAUGUGAAACGGGGGUGUUGGCGCAUGAUUGGGUCGAUGAUAUCGACAGUACAUAUGGGGUUGCUUUGUAGAAUCGGGGUGUAAAUAUGGGGUAAUAUGGGGCGAAAUUGGGUGUACACUGUAUAAUUAACGACUAUAGAGUGCUAGUAUAUAACCCAAGAGGAGAAUACUAAUA